CAUGCUUUCAACACUAGUUUUGAAAUAAAUUAAAAGUUUAACAUUUCUUAAAAAUAUAUUGUUUAGGCAGUGGUAUAUAUAUUCUAGCGCUGAAAACGUUAAAAACAUGAUUGGAAAUUUAAAAGAACUUCUAUCUGCCAGAAAGGACAUUAUAGAGCAAGUAGGGGCCAUUUAUCGUGAGAUUAAAACUGCGGAAAAAAAAUACAGAACAGCUAAUAUCGUAACAAAAUCUGUGUCCAUUGUGUCAGGAAUUAUUUCCGUGGGACUUGUGAUCGCAGCACCAUUUACAGGUGGGCUAACUGGUACAGCUGCUGUUGCUGUCACUGGGCUAGGGCUGGCUGGGUCAUCUGCAUUAUUACUAGCAACAUUCCUUCAGCAAGUAACGGAGAAUGGGCUGUUGCAACAGUUACAAGAAGCGAUUGCACGAGAUCAAGCAGCUACAACGCGUUUCAAGCAUGCUUUACGGGCCGUCAAGGAGGCACAGAGUUUAGUGAGGAAUACUGCAACUUUCAUUUCCAGUGCAAAAAGGCUUGCAAAAUCUGCAGACGUUGCGAUGGAUACGAUGCCCAUUGCAAAGAUGGCAACCACAGUUAGCGAUUUCCUGACAAAAGUUAACUUUGUUAUCACCGUCGUGAUGAUUCCAAUGGACUUAAUUUCCUUAGUUGAUGACUUAAAAAAUCAAAACGAGGGUCGAUUAAGGACCUUUGUAACACGAGUUUCAGCCAUCCUGGUUGUUCUUAAAUCAGAUUACUCUGAUUUAGAAAUGGUCGAAAAUGAAUAUAAUGAAUUGUUCCCGCCGACAACUGAGGUGCCUGUUUUGCAACCAGUUAAAGAGGGAUUGUGAAUUGAAUUAUGAAACUACGAUUCAUAAAAGCGGAUAGCAUCACAAUCGCAAAGAGAAUGCAGUUUCUUUUUACAAUCAAUUUAACAAAAGAACGGUUGUUUAAACAUUAUUUGAAAAUCUUGAAUCAAUGACUUAUUUCGUUUGUUGAUUUAAGUGUGAUUGUCUCUUAUCAGCUUGAUUCAUAUUUUGAUUUUUAUAUAUCAUGCUGUGCGUUUUAUAUGUUUUUGUACAUAGCAGAUUAUCAUAUUUGAUCAUCAUUAUCAUACUAAUAAAUUGUUAUCGUUUAUUAUUAUAAUUGUCAUUUUGCUAUUUGGGAUACAUCGUUCCAGACAACGGGAGAAAUAAAAUACAAGUGCAUACCAAUUAUGUUUCAAAUGCACACUACUACGUUGACUGAUAAGUUCGCAUGUUUGGAUAAAAGUUGGACUGACUGUCGCUGUAGAUUGAUGACUUUACACAGGGAUCUAUUAAUCUGUUGAUAAUUUUGACAUGACGUUAAAUCGGAUUUAGUUUGCGUUCGGUAGUAAAGUUAUUUGCUUAACAAUUUUGUUUGUCCGGAUACGACACCGUUUACUCUUUUUUUAUUGGAUAUGAAAAUUGGAGCGACUCGACGUCAUUUAAUUCUCAUACAUUAUAGCAUUUGCUAGAUUUUACAUAUUUAUGAUAAUGCUGUUAUCAUUGUGCAUAUCCUAUCUAUAAGUUAAAUAACAUACAUUUAUCUACAUAACUAUAAGCUGUAGAUCUUCAACUCAUAUCUUAUCAUAUGUUAUGUGUUUGUAUUUGAAAAAUUCUUAUUGUGUUGUAGUUGUUUUUUUGUGGUUGUUUAACUGUUAAAAAUUCAUAGUACUUUUCAUAAUCAUAGAAAAUGGUUUCCUGUUUUGGAGGAAUAAAUUAUAUAUUUCUGCCUGUUGUUUUCCCCAAUGAUAUCCAAGUGCUACAAAAACAGUUCGACUCUAAGACUAAUUUUAUCAACGCGGCUCUAGCAAUCGAUUUAAUUGGCCUAAAGUACAUAGUUGGUUGGUUGGCCAUAUUUAUGAAAAUAAGUACGCUUUUAAAAGUAUGCUUAAAUCUAAUCUUAAAUCUAAGUAUAUAUUAAAUUUAACUUUUCACUUCGACACACAUUUUCUGUCUGAAUUGUUACUAGACUGAAUAUUUACACACAGUGUUCAUGUACAAUGAUUCUCUGAAGUAUGUUACAAUAACAGAUAUUAUCUUAUCUUACCUGAUUCAGAUAAGACUAUAACAAAAGUGAAGUUGAAAGUUUUAGUGAUUUUCCUAUAGUUUCGUAUUGUAUAGGUCAUCCGAUAUAGGGAGUUACAGAUAUUUGCAAACAUAACUCAUCAUCGCUCAACUAUGGUAUAUAUGUACAUGUAUACCCUUUAUUUCCACUUAUCUGUGAUUAAACAUAUAACGUUAUUAACAAGGUAAUUUAAUUAAUAGAAUGCAUUAUAAGAUAUUUUGAUUUACUUACUUAUGAAGGUGAUGUAUUUGCGUAUUUGAUAUUUAUGUUUUUUUUUUGUUUUUUUGGUUGGUUAAGUUUGUAAUUUUGUAUGUAUGGAAUCACCUGAAGGCACUAUAUUGUAUAUAUAUUUAUCCACAUGGGCUAUGACCUUCUGGAUAUUCUGUAAACAAAUCUUGAAUCUUGAAUCUA